GAUUUAUGGCCGUCAUUGUCGCCCAGUUACAUAUUGGCAUCUGCUUUUGUCCUGUUCAUCCUACUUCUACUUCUACUUCAUUGCUUGAAGAAAAAGUUGUUCUCAUUUUUUAUGUAUUGGAUAACAGGUAUCAUAAAUAGAAAGGUAGGAAGUGAGAAAGAGGAACUGUUUGCACCACUUCUGGAACUCAAACAGUCUUUGAAAGAUGAAGGAAAGAGGUCUGCACUAACAGUCGUGGAAAUUGGUGUCGGUACCGGGGCCAACUUUAAAUACUACCCCAGCGGAACAAAUAUUGUUGCUGUGGACCCAAACCCAAACUUUGAGUCCUAUCUGAAGAGCAACAUCUCAAAGUUUUCCCAUGUGAAGCUCAAGGAGUUCAUCAUCGCUCAUGGCGAAGACUUGUCCGCAAUUCCCGAUAGUUUUUGUGACGCCGUUGUGUGCACCUUUGUUCUAUGUUCUGUAGAAGACAUUGAUAUGGUGCUUAAAGAAGUGAAACGAGUUUUAAAACCAGGUGGGAUGUUCUUUUACCUGGACCAUGUUGCAGGCCGUCAUUCAGGUCACAGUCGCCUCCACUACCUGUUGAGUGGGAUUCAGAGAUUUUUCAGACAUGACCAGAAGGGCCACAAGCACGGGGAACCCUGGUAUAACAUCGAAUGUGCAGGAUUUGCUACACUGGAGUAUCGCAGAAUUACUUUGUCUACGUGGAUUUUCCCACUGAGAAAUCUCCUGGCAGGGACGGCCACCAAGUGAACAGUGUCGUCAGGCUUUCCAUCAAGUGAUCAGUGUCAUCAGCCUUUCCAUCAAGUGAUCAGUGUCAUCAGCCUUUCCAUCAAGUGAUCAGUGUCAUCAGUCUUUCCAUCAAGUGAUCAGUGUCAUCAGUCUUUCCAUCAAAUGAUCAGUGUCAUCAGUCUUUCCAUCAAGUGAUCAGUGUCAUCAGCCUUUCCAUCAAGUGAUCAGUUUCAUCAGCCUUUACAUCAAGUGAUCAGUGUCGUCAACCUUUCUAUUAAAUGAUCAGUGUCAUCAGCCUUUCCAUCAAAUGAUCAGUGUCAACAUCGUUUCCAUCAAAUGAUCAGUGUCAUCAGCCUUUCCAUCAAGUGAUAAGCAUCAUCAGCCUUUCCAUCAAAUGAUCAGUGUCAUCAGUCUUUCCAUCAAGUGAUUGGUGUCAUUAUCAUGGUUAUAUAGCGUGAGAGGUUUUUUUUAAGUAUUGUACUGACCAAAAUGCUCACAUUGUUCAACGGUGCUUAAAUAUUAUCCUAAAUAACCCGACAUUUCAUCCAUAACUAAUUUUUGUGUUUUGAUUUUUGUUUAGAAGGUGGGAUCAUAUCCUACUUAAAUUGUUUUUCACCACUGUGAAUAAUAUUUUAUGAUGUUCUUAGUUCAUUUACACUGCACUGCCUUAUAUACAUGUCCAUACAUGCAGGGUAGCUGCAGAUAACUUUCACUGCUACCUGUCCAAGUGCAUGUUUUGUUUUUUGUUUGUACAUUGUUACAAGACAUUAUAUGGAGUAUAUCAUUAUAUGUGAUGGUGUAACUAUCUGUACAUAGUCUGAAUUGUCACUGGAUAAACCAGCAUAAUGAAAAGAGAGGAAAACUCUCAGGUCCUUCAUGCUUGAAACAAAAGCCAGUCUCCUGCAGCGCCAGUAGCAACAAGCUUUAAUUUCUGGGGCAAUUUUGAGUAAAGAAAAUACAAGGCUCCAAACAUAGCUAAAAAGCAAAAACUAUGCCUCUGUGCAGUAUUGCGAACCUAUGGUUAGAUGAGUGGUCCAUUACCCAAUAACUAGGCAGGACUUGGGAAUGCCGAAACGGUGCUGAAACAAGACACUACUGUAAAGUGUACGCCAACUCAGUUUGCAGCUUCUGGAAAAUCGUUUGUCUCUUUUAGUUUGAUUUCAGGGCCUGGUUGUUCUAAAAUGUUCUCAGACUUAAUACCAGGUUUAACUUUUAGCCUUUUAAGUCUUUUUUUUUUUUGUGUGUGUGUGUGUAUUUAGUUCAAAAUAACUUUGUAAUAGUAUAUUAGAUGUGAACUAAGUCUGUUGCUGUGACACUUUCACUUUGGACAAGUGUGUAAUUUGACUUGAUAACAGUAUUAGCUAAUGGGCCCUGAAGACUGAGAGAGAACAUCGUAUGGUUGAAGGGCUCAUACCAAGACGAUGUAGAAGAUACAUCCUAGAAAGAGGACGAGAUGAAAGGAUUCAAGGCUAUAAAACACUACUUCCAGACGCUGCAGAGCUCAGGGUCCAACCAGCCAAACAUGGCCUAUCUCUGCUGUGUAUGGCAUACUCAGUGGAAUAAAAAAGACAAAACCUGUAAAAAAUCAUGAAUAUGAUGGACAGAGAGCUUAAAUAAUUUCCCAUAAUUUGAGUUAUGUUUUGUUAAAUAUUGUACUUGGCAUACUAACAUUGAUAACCACAUAUUCUCAACCUAGGAUAUUUUUCUCUUCACUAUCACUGGUGUUCAGUUUCAUUCUCCACAGCUAUUAUGGACAGGCGUACUGUAUAAAUGUUCAUAGUUUUCUUAAUAAUUGUACGGUAAUACAUUUUAGUCUACAUUUAAAAGAGCCAUAUUUCUUAUCAAAGAAAUUCCUUGUCUUGAUCAGAAUUGAAUUAUAAAAAAUUGUUUUGUUUUUUUUCUUUUUUCUUUUACAUAUAGAAAUUGUUUUGACUGCUGAUAUAUUCUGGUAGAUUUUAGUAACUUCAGUUUCAAGAAAUAUUGGUAUUUUUAGUUUUCAGAUAUUCAUUAUUAUCAGAUAUACUUGAUACUUUUAUACGUCCAUUGUUUUAUUGUA